AUGCGACGAGUCAUCAGCUUUUCAGUCGCCUUGCUCGUGUUGCUCUUUGGCGCACGCUCCACGCCGAUGCAGGGAGAACACGACGAAGGAUCGAGUAGUAGCUUUCCUUCGUCCGAAUCGACCGGAUUCGAUUGGCAAGAGCAUCAAUACCCGCAAGCUUGGAGUCCUGAUCCGGUGCAGCAGUUGUGGUCGGCAGAAACGCCUCGCGAGGAUUCACUCGGUCAUGAGCGAGCGGCUGGAGGCGCUACCAGCGAAUUGUCUCGCACGGUGUCUGCUUUAACUUCGAGCAUGAGCCGCCCUAAAUCAAUCAUCGCUUUUGCACAGCCAGCACGCGAUCUCAAAGCCGGUGUACGAGAGGCGCUCGGCAGGCCACAUCUUCAGUUCACGAGCCUCGCACCAUCGUCACCCGUCUAUGGUUCCCGUUUCUUUGUCGCGCACGACCCCAGCAUUCCGGAAGAUCGUCUCGUCUUCGAUCCCACGCAGCUCCCACCAUCCAAUCGUCGCAAGACUUGGCACCACUUUGGCGAUCUACUCAAGGAUGUCGUCAAGGUCGACAAGCAAGACCUUCAGCAUGCGAUGGCUGUCAAGUCGGAACGCAGGAUGAUCUACCUCAACAGCCGAGCCAAUAUGGACGACAUCAACCGGCUUUACUUCCUGAACAAGAUGCAUUUCUUGCCGAUCAACGAGGCCAAGCUGUCGUGGGAUGUGGCGAACAAGUUGUUUCUGGAUCGCAAGAAGUUAGUGUUGCUACCACCACUAGAAUCGAAUCGCUUGGGCGUGCUUUUGGCAAGUCAUCCCAGAGCCAACUCUGAAACGAUGGCAGAAAUCCGAAAACUGACGGGUCCAGCAUUGCAGGAUGCCACACAGAUAGUUUCGCUCUGGGGGCCUUUGCUUACCGACGGCGAGCGAGGAAUGGCUGUACUGUAUGGCAUUGGUCAGCUGGAUUCCAGGGAAGUGGAUGGUACAGUAAGACACCUGCAUACCCUGAAAUCGCAGUUCAAAGUCGAUCAGAACCCGGUUUUGGAAGCAAUUCACUACCUUCAUCUGUAA